GGACAUCGGCGCUUAGAUUUUCCCCAAAUCAGAAGAAAUAGACACUAAAUUUCAUUUUGUGAAAGCACGAUCGUAGGAACAAUAAUCUGCAGUCAAAGUUUUUGCAAUAUGGAAGACCAAACCCAGAGAAAACCCAGAAUCCUGUGCCUCCACGGAUUCAGAACCAGUGGCGAAAUCCUCAAGCAAUUGGUCUUAAGAUGGCCAGAACCUGUGAUACAAAAGUUAGAACUGGUGUUCCUCGAUGGCCAGUUUCCCUCACUGGGAAGAUCUGACGUUGAAGGCAUUUUUGACCCUCCUUACUAUGAAUGGUUCCAAGCCAAUGAGGACUUCUCUGAAUAUAGAAACUUCGAAGAGUGUUUAGCAUACAUACAAGAUUUCAUGCUAAAAAAUGGUCCUUUCGAUGGUGUGUUGGGUUUCUCUCAGGGAGCAAUUUUAGCAGCUGCAUUGCCAGGAAUGCAAGCGCAGGGUGUAGCACUUGGGAAGGUAGAGAAGAUCAAGUUUUUGAUUGUGAUAUCUGGAGCCAAGUUUGGUGGAAACAAGUUUGGAAUGCCUAAAUUGGCUUCUAAUGCAUUUUCAAAACCAAUUGAUUGCUUAUCUCUUCACUUUAUUGGGGAGAAAGAUUUCAUGAAGGAAGAGAGCGUUGCUUUGCUGGAAGCAUUCCAGAAUCCUGUUGUGAUUCAUCACCCCAAAGGACAUACAGUCCCCAAACUUGAUGAUAAAAGUCUUGAAAUUAUGGUUAAUUUUACUGACAGGAUUCAGAGGAUGAUUUAAGAUGGUGAUGUCAAACCUUGAAUCUUAUGCAAACUUUCUGUCAGCUUUCUAUCUUGUAAAAAUAUUCACUGAAACCAUAUACUAAUGAGCCAGAGUCAAUGAAUGGUUAAAUUUGAAAGGGUCUAUUUUGUUAUGCAGUUGAUUAAGAUUUAUUCUGCAAAAUUGAUUUGAAGCUGCAAUGCAGUGAAAAAGGUUGGUGCCAUUGAAGGUUGGUGAUGAACACUUAUUUCCACAUAUAAAUCUUAUCUGUAUAAUUUUUUCCUCAUAGCUUUUCAUUUAGACCUUUGUUUAGCUGGCCAUAAGCAUUUUGGAAAUGUUUAUAUUAACUUCAUUCCUUAUAUAAGCAAUGCCAUUUGCUCUACUUGUAAA